AUGAAAUUAACAACAACCAGAUAUUCGAUCAUACUUUCAAUACAAACAUUGCUGCUGAUAACAGACUGGGGCAUCAAUAUAUCAUCUUUAUUUGCGAGAGAAAGCAAUGCAGUAAUGUUAAUACUAUUUAUAGUUCAAGAUGCAUGUUUGAUAUUAGCCCUGUCUGCAUUAUUGCUCACAUUUUUCUCAACCUAUGUCUUUCAGACUGGUCUUGUGUACCUCCUAUAUGAGAGAUUUCGAGCAACUCUCCUGGUUUGCAUGAUGUAUUUCAUUUUAACCACAGUUGUAAAUAUUUGGCUGCUUGCUUCCCGCUGGAAUGAUGUCAGGCACUCCUGGACCAAAUCUUUUUCAAUAGUGUUCAUCAUACAGAGGUUUUUAUCAUCAGUCUACUACUAUUAUUAUAAGAGAGCAGCAUUGAGAAUCAGUGAUCCUAGAUUUUAUGAAGAUAUUGAUGGGGAACCGGAAAAACCCCCACAGACUAAUGGAAUUAUGUCCCAAUAA